CGCGAUAACGAAAUAUUUCGUGUAUUAGCAUUUAAAAGAAAAAAAAAAUUGUCCUUUCUUUUUUGUUUGAUGAGUGAACUAUCCUACACAGUCAAUCUUAAUUGUUGUAUUUUUACUUCAAACAAGAUCUUCGAUUUCCCCACUUCUUUUUCUGUUUCCUUCUCUUUCCCAUUGAGAUAUUGAAAACUAACGACUCGAAGAAGCUAUCCAAACAUGUUCCUAUAUAAGAAGACGUUUAUUCGCUUGGAGAGUGGAUUUCACAUCUGAAUUGUAAGGAGUAGAGAUAUUCCUAAGAGAAGAGAACGAAUUAUAAUUGUGUUUAAAAUCGAGAUUGAAUUUAUCCUAUUUAAUAAUUCAGAUAUCAUCAUUUAAAUAACAAAAUGUCUAAACAAUUUUAUCAAGUCGUUGGGAUUUUUGUGUGUUUCCUAACAUUUGCCGGCAUUUAUGCACAAAAUGCAACAGGGGUUACGAAGGUAUGUUUAGGAUGCAUUUGUGAAGCUGUAUCAGGAUGCAAGACGACACUUGGUUGUAACGGAGACGUAUGCGGCCCUUUCGGCAUAACUUGGGCUUAUUGGGCUGACGCUGGUAAACCAACUUUAAACAACGAAGCGAAUACCAAUGAUGGUGCAUAUCCAAAUUGCGUUAACAAUGCAUUCUGUGCUGGGACCACAGUGGAAAAUUACAUGAACAAGUUUGGUCGAGAUUGCAAUGGAGACGGCAUUGUUAAUUGCGACGAUUUUAUUCGUAUUCAUCGUUAUGGUAAAAACGGUUGCACGAGUCCAUUGGAUAGUAAAUUCGAAAAUAUUUACAAAAUUUGCAUGCAAACGUUCGGUUAAUAUUUUAUGCCAAUCAAUUAGAAAAAUCUUUUACUGAUAUUAUUUUACAUUUAAUUCAUCGUAAAAACUAUUUCAUGAUGUAAAAGUUUUGACUUCAUUAUUUCUAUGACAAUUUUAAUUAUUUACACUUAUGCUAAUUAUGAUUAAUUAUAAAUAUCCUUAAAAUAAUAUUUUACAAUCGCGACUAAGCAAUGCUUUGUCAACUUGUUGGGCUCGUUGUUUUAUAAGUGCACCCUCUGCUUCCAUUAAUUUACACGAUUCAAUAUUACGAAUAAGAAAAUGAUUUAUAAAGAGUCUAAGACUUUCUCUAAAAGUUUGUAAUAAAGGAGAUGAAGAUAUCCUUUCAAA